AUGAAAUUAACUAAUGAUAGUUUACAACAUUUAGAAAUGAGUACACAAUAUACUGACUGUGUUAUUCAACAAUUUUCAACAAAAGAAACAGUAGCUUUUGAAAUAAUAGAAGAUCUUCAUAUACUUAUUGGUAAAUUAUUACGUGAAUUUUCAUCUCAUAAUUUUCAUGUUUAUCAAGUCAAUUCGUUUUUUAUCGAGCUGGUUGGUAUUAACGAUGCAUCAUUUGAAAAAAUACGCUAUAAUGAAUUACGAGCUAUUCAACCAACAUCAAAAGCUCGAUUUUUAUUAUCGAAUAAUAUUGCUGCUAUAACUUUUUAUAGUGGAAAAAUUCCAAUCACCUUUCAUAUUGUACCGUAUCAUCAUUUACUUACAAUUGAUAAUAAUAUAGGCAUAUGUUCAACUCGACAUUUAUCAUUAUCUGUUGUUGUACUUGAUUGA